AUGACGAAACAUCGAAAAGUCACUGUGCAAAUUCGAAGGGAUUUUUGCCAUCAGAGGGGUUCCAUGACCAAGGUCCUCGCAUCCCUAGACGCCUCCAUCCCCAACCACGUGGCAGAGAGUCCUCAGCUGGAGCUCUGGCAGGUCCUGGACGACCCCGUGUUGACCCGAGGCCGGACCCUCACACCAAGGCUGUCACUGUCCUUAGACCGCCAGGGAGAAUCUAUGGACAACACAUCAGGCCCCCAAGCCCAGGGCUUCCCAACGCAGAGCCCACCCGUCUUGCCCCCGCCCACCCGGGAGCCGGAGCCCCCUAACUGCCACGAGCGUCCCCCCCCGCACCCCACGCCCCCCCCCGGCGGGAGCUCCCCUAACGCCUACCGCACCCGCGCCCGGGAGUCCUCCCCAUCGCGUUGGCCCCGCGGGUGGCCUCUCAACAGGAAGAUGGGCGCCGGCAAUGCCCGCUCCCCCCAGGGCAUUCCCUCCAUGUCUGGCCCACAUGCCCGAGGCCUGGCCCUGCCCUAUGGCGGGCACAGGACAGUCCCACAGCAGGGCGCGCACCACCGAUCCGAGGACGUGGAGUCCCGAGGAACAACGGGGCGGCCCAGCAGAACACAAGCCCUGGGGGCCUCCCGCAGACCUCCUGCAGCCCCGGUCCAGGUCUUCCUUCCCAAGGUCCCAGAGACCAUGGCCUUGGCUGGCACGUGGCGCACCUCAGGGCUCUGCGGGGGGACGAUGGCUAGGGCUGCCAGGCCUGGCCUCCCCCUGCCUCCAAGCCUGGGGGUCCCGGGGCCUGCUGAGCCU